CUUCUCCUUUCUUCAUACUUCAGAGCCACGAAACCUUCAGAGAGGUUAACCCUAAUUAUCAUAGCUAUCUUGCUAGCCACAAUAUGGGUCGCAUUGAAGGCGGCAAAGUGGGAGAAAACAACUUCACUGUGACGGUGACGAAGGAGGAGGUGGUGGCUGCUGUGUUGCCGUUGCCAGAGCAUUGGCUUCGGCUCUCCAACCUCGACCUCCUUCUGCCGCCGCUAGACGACGGAGUCUUCUUUUGCUACAAUAAGCCAGCUGCCGCCGGGACUGUUGUGGUGGGGGCUCUCAAGAAGGGCUUGGCUGAAGCUCUGGUUUCCUUCUACGCCUUGGCGGGUGAGGUGGUGGCCAACUCCUCCGGCGAACCGGAGCUCCUCUGCAACAACCGUGGCGUUGAUUUUGUGGAGGCUGACGCUGACGUGCAGCUGAGAAGCCUCGACUUGCACAACCCUGAUGAUUCCGUUGAAGGGAAGCUUGUUCCUACGAAGAAACACGGCGUACUUGCUAUUCAGGCUACAUUUCUCAAGUGUGGUGGGCUAGUAGUUGCAUGCUCUUUCGAUCACCGUAUCGCCGAUGCCUACUCGGCCAACAUGUUCCUUGUAUCUUGGGCCCAGCUGUCACAGUCCACCAAGCCCACAAUAUCCACUCUUUCAUCGCCACCAUGUUUCCGCCGAUCUCUCCUCAACCCACGGCGGCCCGGUCGCAUCCAUCCGUCGCUCGACCGGAUGUUUAUUCCAGUCUCCGACCUACCUCCUCCAAAGAAGCACAGUGCCGAAUCCGAAUCCGACCCUGUCAUUAGCCGGAUCUACUACAUCACGGCCGACGAACUUAACCACAUUCAGUCACUUGCGAACUCGGACUCAAACGUCGACGUCAAUGCGGUGAAGCGAACCAAACUUGAGUCUUUAUGCGCCUUCUUGUGGAAGAUGGUUGCUGCGAGUACCAAGGGCAAAAGGAUCAUCACAAAAAUGGGAAUUGUCGUAGACGGAAGGAGAAGGCUGAGCAAUGGUAAUGACAAACAGAAAGCUUCACUUUUAUGUUCGUAUUUCGGAAACGUGAUUUCAAUACCGUACGGCGAAAAGUCAGCGAGGGAGCUGACGGAGAAGUCGUUGAGUUGGGUGGCCGACGAAGUUCACGAGUUCUUGGAAGAAGCAAAGACGGAGGAGCAUUUCCUGGGCCUCAUAGACUGGGUUGAGGCGCACCUCCCUGGCGGUGGAGUGGCGAGGAUAUAUUACGGCGGCGGAGACGGAGAAGAAGAGGGGCCAGCUUUUGUGGUGUCGUCGGGGCAAACAUUCCCGGAAGAGAAGGUGGAUUUCGGGUGGGGGAGGCCAGUGUUCGGGUCGUACCACUUCCCAUGGGGUGGCGACGCCGGGUAUGUGAUGCCGAUGCCGAGUCCGGCGGGUAAGGGCGAUUGGGUGGUAUACAUGCACCUUCGAAGAGGACAAUUGGAGAAGAUAGAGUCUGAAGCGGGUCGUGUGUUUCGGCGCUUGACUUGGGACUACCUUGUUCAUUGA